AUGACACUGGUGCGGUUCGACAGGUCUGCCGCUGGCUGCGCCCCAUCCACUCGCUCGCUCGCCCACCCGCCCGCGGGCACCUCCACCAACACCGCCCGCCCUGCUGCAGUCAGGCUGAGAGCUUUUUGCAUUGCUGAGAGGCGACGCAUUCAGAUCUGCAACAGCUGUGGUUUGGAAGCGAACUUGAGUAGGUACGUCUGCUGGCCGUACAGCACCUUCAAGGAGCUCUACAUCCCCGGUCCUUCACCCAGACUCUUCCUCGGAUCCAUCCCCGACUUCUACCGCAAGGUGAGCCACCUGGCGGGAGGCGAGCCACCGGGAGAUCAGGAUAUUCACAUCGUCGACCUAGAGAGCUACGACACAUUUGGAGAUAUCUGGGGACUGUUCCUGGGCCGCCAGCCGUUCCUCAUGAUCGCCGACACUGAGAUCAUCCACAAGCUGUUCAUCGAAGAAGAUGGCAAAAUCUUCGCCGAUGUUCGAGCUCGCCGAUCCCACUGUCCGUUCAGCGAGAGUUUCUUCCAGGCAGAGGAGUUCGAUCAGCGGCGGUGUCACCAGCUCCUCUCGCCCGCCUUCGGAGUUGAGCAACUGCGCCAGGUGUUUCCACUGAUGGUUCUAAACGCCGACGAACUUGUGCGUAAUUUUGGAAAGUUCUACAGGAAUGGCGAGUCCGUGGUGGUCCGAGAGUUAUUUGGCCGGUACGUGCGCGACGCGCUGAUGAUGUCGAUGUUCGGAGUGGAUGUGGACACGCACGGCAUUGGGGAACACCCCUACACCUAUUACUGGGAUCUCAUCCUCACAGCCCACCGCAAAUACGCCGUCAUCUCCCCCUCACUGAUCUUCCCCUGCUUGAAGCCUCUCCUCCGGACGCUGAAGUUCCACUUAUACUGGAAAGAAGCCAUCGGCUACUUCACCGAGCUGGUCCGCCAUGCUCAAGCACAGAGGAAGCAGGCCACAGAAUCCACGGAGAGAGCGGGCAUCCUUCACCACCUGCUGGACCGGGCAGAGGCCAGCGCUGACCCAGGGAGGAAACUGUCACCAGGAUGCACGGGGAUAAGCGAGGGCGAGCUUGUUGCGCAGAUGCUGAGGAUCCUCGUCUCCGCCUUCAACGCCGCCACCUUCUCCCUGGAGUUUGCAGCUUAUUUGUUGGCCCGGCACCCGAGCGUCCAACACCGCCUCCACAUGGAGGCUGCACGCACUGCGGGCCAGAAGGGUUUGACCUACGAGGGCUUGGCGGGGAUGGAAUACCUGGGCCUGGUGGUGAAGGAGACGCUGAGACUGUUCCCGCCGCGGGUGUGGGUGCAGGCGGCGUGCACGCGGUCUACCGUGGCGUGCCACGUGAAGAUUCCCAGAGGGAUCCGGGUGGUCGUUCCCAUCUGGGUCAUGCAUCAUAGCCGGGAAUACUGGCACCAGCCGUGCCAAUUUAACCCACUCAGGUUCACCAGCGCGGAGGAAGUUGCCCGUGACCCCCACUGCUUCCUGCCCUUUGGCCUCCGACCGCUGGCCACAGUGGGGAGUGAGGUCAGCGUCAUGCUGGUGAAGGUUGCCCUGGCUGCCGUGGUCAAAGCCUACACAUUCGCCCGGUGCGCUCAGACACCGAUGUGCAUUGAGAUUGACACAUUGGGCUCCACCAGAUCCAAGGAGCCCAUCUCUCUCCAGGUGGAGCUGCCAUAG